UCUGGGUGGGGUCUUCUGUGGCACCUAUAAACUUGCAGGUACUGCAAGGGCAACAUCAGUCUGGCCCUGAAGCUAACUGAAGACAGAGCUAUUGGUCUGAUAGGUGGAGCUGUUAGUCUGAUAGUCGAAAUGGGUGAUAGACCAGACUUGUCGGAAGUGGAGAGAUUCGAUAAAUCCAAACUGAAGAAAACCAUCACCGAAGUAAAAAAUACUCUGCCCUCGAAGGAAACCAUCGAGCAAGAGAAGGAGUUUGUGAAAAGAUCAUAAUGAGGAUCUUUUCCAACAAAUAAACGCCAACACUGGCAAGCAGUCUUGG